CGUCCUUUCCUUUCUCCCCGUCAGUCUAAACUGAUCCCUUUCUUUGCGCUUGUUUCUAAAUUCUUGUCGCCUUGGUCAUGGCACUGCUCACCAAUUCUGUUUGAGUGGUAGCCUUUCCCUAACCGUGCGACCCGGGCAGAGUUGCCCUUGGAUUUGACCGAUCCUGAACUCCAAACUAAGCCCCAACACAGCUCCUCGAUUGGCGCAAUUGCACCCGUGCAGUGCUCACGCCGCCAUGGCGACUAAGCGCAAAGCCUCUGCAAUGGGCGCAAGUGUGGAUGAUGAAAUUGCGGAUCCGUCCGAUGAGCUGGCAUUCUACUGUCUGGGUGGAGGCAAUGAGGUCGGACGAUCAUGUCAUAUCAUUCAAUACAAGGGCAAGACAGUCAUGCUUGAUGCUGGUAUGCAUCCAGCCAAAGAAGGCUUUUCUGCCCUUCCUUUCUUUGACGAAUUCGAUCUAAGCACGGUCGAUAUCCUCUUGAUCAGCCAUUUCCACGUUGACCAUUCCUCUGCACUGCCAUAUGUCCUUAGCAAGACGAACUUCAAAGGUCGUGUCUUCAUGACCCAUGCGACCAAAGCCAUUUAUAAAUGGCUUAUCCAAGACAACGUCCGAGUCAGCAAUACAUCUUCUUCCUCCGACCAACGCACCUCAUUAUAUACAGAGCGCGAUCACCUUUCAACUCUUCCCCUCAUCGAGACGAUCGAUUUCAAUACUACACACACGAUCAAUAGCAUCAGGAUUACACCAUUCCCCGCUGGCCAUGUGUUAGGAGCGGCUAUGUUCUUGGUAUCUAUUGCGGGAUUGAACAUCUUGUUUACGGGUGAUUACUCUCGUGAAGAAGAUCGGCAUUUGAUCCCCGCAGAGGUCCCUCGGGGAAUUAAGAUUGAUGUCCUGAUCACCGAGUCCACAUUCGGCAUAUCGUCCAACCCACCACGACUGGAACGUGAAGCAGCUCUCAUGAAGUCUGUUACGGGAAUCUUGAAUCGCGGAGGACGAGUUUUGAUGCCCGUGUUCGCUCUUGGUCGAGCACAGGAGCUGCUCCUCAUUCUCGAAGAAUACUGGGAGCGGCACCCCGAGUUGCAAAAGGUCCCCAUCUAUUACAUUGGUAACAUGGCCAGAAGAUGUAUGGUCGUUUACCAGACAUAUAUUGGCGCCAUGAAUGACAACAUCAAACGCCUUUUCAGGCAACGCAUGGCUGAGGCCGAGGCGAGUGGAGAUAAGAGUGUGACCGCUGGCCCGUGGGAUUUCCGCUUUGUUCGAAGUUUGCGUAGCCUGGAGCGCUUCGAUGAUGUAGGAGGCUGUGUGAUGAUUGCCUCCCCUGGUAUGCUGCAGACCGGCACGAGUCGUGAGCUUCUCGAGAGAUGGGCACCCAGCGACCGCAAUGGUGUUGUCAUGACAGGUUACAGUGUUGAAGGAACCAUGGCCAAGCAGCUGCUGAAUGAGCCAGAGUCUAUUCCCGCUAUCAUGUCAAAGGGUUCAUCAGUACAAGGACGCGGUCGUGUACCAGGAGGCAGCGACGAGGAUCAGAAAGUCAUGAUCCCACGUCGCUGCACGAUUGAUGAGAUCAGUUUUGCUGCACAUGUGGACGGCGUGGAGAAUCGCAACUUCAUUGAAGAGGUGGCUGCGCCGGUUGUGAUUCUUGUUCACGGUGAGAAGCAUCAGAUGAUGCGACUUAAGUCAAAGCUCCUUUCUCUCAACGCCCAGAAAACCAUCGCCACCAAAGUUUUCACACCUGCCAACUGCUCCGAACUGCGUAUACCUUUCAGAAAAGACAAGUUCGCCAAGGUCGUUGGCAAGCUCGCCGAGAUGGCCCCUCCCUCUGAGCCAGAUGAUGGCCAGCUGAUGGCCGGUGUCCUGGUUCAGAAUGGGUUUGACCUAUCUCUCAUGGCUCCAGAUGACCUCCGUGAAUAUGCCGGACUCACAACUACCACUAUCAUGUGCAAGCAACAUCUGACUCUGAGCUCCGCAAGCAUGGAUCUCAUUCGAUGGGCUCUCGAAGGCACAUUUGGAGCCAUCGAGCAAGUUGGGUCAACGGUGAAGCAAGAAAUGAAGAAGGCUACAAAUGGCGAUGCUAAAGAGGAGGCUGCGGAUGAGGAGCUUCUCAUGGAGGAAAAGCAAACGUACUUGGUCAUGGGCUGUGUUACACUCCAUUACCACCCGCGGACUCGUGAAAUCGAACUCGAAUGGGAAGGGAACAUGAUGAAUGACGGUGUUGCUGACGCUGUCAUGGCUGUACUUCUCACCGUGGAGAGUAGCCCUGCCUCUGUGAAGCAAUCUGCCAAGAACAAGCACCAUCACCAUUACCACCAUCACGCCGACGAGGAUAUUUCCGAACUCCACAACCCUCAUGCUUACCUUGGCCCUGAAGACCGACUGACACGUCUUCUUAUGAUGCUGGAAGCGCAGUUUGGCUCUGAUAUCGCGCCCAUCGAGCGCCCGCGCGUCCCAGCGGAUCUUGUCAACGGGACCACCGAGACAACAGAGGACAUUAAGGAAGAACGUCCAGCAGAUAUUGAAUCCGCGGAGCUCGACCGCCUCCAUGCGCUCGGCAUUCCUGUACCUGGCCUUGAAAUCAAGGUGGAUAAGCAUGUUGCUCGUGUCUGGCUUGAGAAUUUGGAGGUGGAGUGCACCAAUGCCGUGCUGCGCGAUCGUGUGCGCGUUGUCGUCGAAAGGGCAGUCGAGACGGUCGCCGGUCUGUGGGCCCCGAGCUCUACGCCGAAAGAAGUGGUUGUCUCCAAUGGCUUUGCCAAAGCGCAGGCCGAAAUGGAUGCUGUCGCAAAGAAGGCGGCUGCUAUUGAAGCUUAGGGUUGACCAUUUUCCGUCCUGAGUUGUCAUAUAUGUAUAUUAACGGGGUAUCUUCUACAAUAUGAAUCAAUCCUAGUGAUGAGAAACAUAGUAUCCGCUCUUGUUCAUCUGUUAUUCACACAAAUUGUAACUAUCCUUUUUAGUCACUUGGUCAAGUAAUGAAACGUGUCAUCGUUAGUUUACUCCUCCAACUCUGCGAGUACGUCUGUCAAAACUCGGGCCAACACAUCCACCAGAGUAUCAAUUUCCUCCUUGGUCACAAUGUAGGGUGGUGCUAACACCACAUGAUCCCCACGAAUGCCAUCAACUGUACCUGUACAUCCAUAGAGCGACACGGCGUAUUCUGGUUGCAGGCCCUUUUCCUGGAUGUGAAAGGAUAGACGAGACUUUGGAUCGAAAGGCUCUUUGGUAGUUCUAUCCUUGACAAACUCGAG